AACAGCUCCAUCCACCACCAUAGACUCCAUUGAUGCAACCCACAAAAAGAUGCAGAGUAUGAACAAGACAUGUAUGAAGAUGAUCAUAGAGUCGUACGAAUUUGCUUUCCCGAAUUUCAACUAGUUGACCGCCAUUGCCAUUGCCGUAGCCAUAGCCAUAGCUAGCUAGCCAGCCAGCAAUUUUGCAGAUGGGGAAUUGUCAAGCUGCGGAGGCCGCAACCGUUGUAAUUGUGCAUCCAGGAUACAAAGUCGAACGGAUUCACUGGUCGGUUAAUGCUCGUGACGUCAUGAAUUCGAAUCCCGGUCAUUACGUCGCACAAGUCCUUAGAUCGCCUGUAGUUAGGUCGGACAACGGAUUGCCUGUGAAGCAACUCAAGCUUCUCCGGCCAGACGAUACUUUGCUUAUUGGCCAAGUUUACCGACUCAUCACCUAUGAAGAUGUAUUGAAAGAAUUUGCUGCGAAGAAGUGCAUGAAACUCGGGAAAUUAUUGAUGGAAAGAGGAGUGAUUGAGCUAGGGAAGAAGAAAGCCGUAGUCGAUGCUCCGGUGCCGGUAGCUGUACCAAAUACCAGUUCCGUCAAGAGGCAUAGCAGCAGAAGACAAAGACAAGAGCAUCAAAGUCAUGGUGGAGGACAAUGGAAACCAGCUUUAAAGAGUAUUUCUGAAAUUGGGAAUUGAGUCAUCUCUCUCUCUUGUCUUUCUGUUGCAAUCAAUAAAUACACAAUUCCAUUUCACACCCAUCCCCCCCCCCCUCUCUCUCU